CAUAGCAAGAUGAAACAUUGAUUUAAGCAAUUAUACAUUUAAAAUAGUUACAAUUUUAAGAUAUUUGUAAGAAUGAAAAAGUAAGUAUUGAUUUACUUUAUACCAACUUAUGCGCGGAUUUACAAAAAAUCUUCUUUGGAUCUUUCAAAUUUCUCAUUGUUUUGGUCAAAUGACCACGAUGUUGGUACACACUGUAUACUAAAUUAAAUAGGUACACAAUUUUUAACUCAUGAAAUGCGUCUAUAACAUCAUUGUUUCCAUCAAAUAUCGAUCUGCAUCGUCACGUCUGUUGUCCGUUGUUUGGAAGGAUAUUCUGGAAGAUCAUCACAUUUUUUAUUUAUUGACUCAAUAUUAUUUGUCUUAUAAAAUUAUUUAUUCAAAAUGAGCUCUUGCUCGCUCCUUUUUCUUGUGAGUUCAAACUGCUACUAUACAAUUCUAUCACAUGAAGUAUGACAAACGGUCCAGGGUCACUAUAAAUCUUUUAAUAUUAUAUGAUGAUGUGUUUGAAUGACAUAUCAUUUACUAUUUCAGGUAUAAGGCACCCACACCAAAAGAAAUCCUCAAAAGACGAGCAGUCAAUAAUAAACAGUUAAAACUAGCUGACGACAAACCUUGCAACGAGGUAAAAGAAACAAAAACAUUAAAUAUAAAAUAUGAUUACACAAAAAAAAAGUCGUUCAAGACUCGAGACAAAGAAUUAAAAGAUGAUCCCUAUCGCAACCCGUAUGCAGUGCCAGAGCGCUUAAGAGUUACCACAAAAUGUCUACCACCGAGGAAGCAGAAAAAAACUCCAUUUAUUAUGGAUGAACCCUUUACAGUGUGUGACGUUGAUCCCGAAUUUUUUAAAAUAGUAGAAGGCAGACCUAUAAGAUCACACUAUGACAUAAAAGUUUUUAUGAAACACCUUCGAAAGAUCUUGAUGUUCCGCGCCGACUGCGCUUAUUUGAAAGAUGAACUUAUUCAAAUAGAUGCAAGAAUGAUAUUAGAACAAGAGCAAUAUGAAGCAAUAGAAGCUGCCUUCCAAGACGCUGAAGCAAAUUUUGUCACUUUUGCUGCAGAAAGCUACAAGGAGGCAAAAUAUAUGCAACAUUUAGCUGAACAGAAGUAUCAAGAACUAGAAGCCAUGACAGAGCAGCUGGAAGCCAUCAGUUUCGAAUUUCACAAACUGAAGAACGGGGUUUCUAGUACUGUCGCAACAUAUGAAAACCUCAUGCGGUAUAAGAGAUUUCUAAAUACCGUUUCCCCUGACUGGUGGCGAGAGCAAUAUGAAGAUAUCUGUAAACAAGGCAAUGAAUUGUGUUCCAAAUUUUAUUUGUCUUUAGAAGUCGAACAAGUAGAAUCUGUUUCAGAUUACAAAAAGAGUGCCCUCGCUCUGGCAACUCUGCCACCCGAACUAUACUUUAAAAAACCAAGUGAACUAUCCACCAUACUAGAAGAAAUAAGCAGCCAGUGUUUAAACUAUAUGGAGAUUGAAACUUAUUUUUCAACAUACUUUGCAAGAGUAAAUAAAUAUAAAAAACAGUAUACUGAAUACAUUAAUGCUGAGUGUGCUGAUAUACAAGGAAUUAUCGAGAUGCUGACAGACAAAAUUAAAUUUUCAGAAGAACGGAAAGAAGACUGCAAGUCUACUUUUGAAAAGCUGGUAGAAAACCAAUUCCAGCGACUUGUUGCGUCUUACGAAACAAAAAAGUUGUUUAAUUGUUUGCAGUACGUCCAUACUCGCGUUAUUGGUGUCAUGGUGGACCCCAAAGACACCAUGGAAUCACUGACUCAGGACUUAGAGGGGUGGUAUUACGAUCUUUGUACUAAAAUGGAUGAUUUGAAUUUAGAAGUGGUCAAAGAGGCACAGCGUCAAAUAUUCAGUGAAGACAUACGUGUGAUGAGAAAAGCAAGCGAUGCGGAACGUCUAUUGAAGGAGUACCGUACUUUAUGCAAGUCUCUCUACAAAAGUUUUGAGCCACCGAAGCGUAAGAAUACCAAGACUAGGAAGUAGUCAACAAAGAAUUAUAUUAUUUUUUAAUUACCUGACCCAGCAAACGUUUGUUUGCCAUAUACAUUUUUAGGUGAUAUCUGGUGAAGAACAAACAUUAUGUAUGAAUAAAAAAAACGUUAGGAUUAGUCUAGAGUACUCUAGAGGGAUGAAACAUGACGUUGUCGGAUUGAUUCUCAAACUCAAUAUGUCAUGAGAAUCGGUCAAGCUGUUUUGAAGGAGUUAAACUACAAACACGUUUGUUUUUUUAAUAGUCGAUGAAGAAGACUACUAUUGAUAAGCAAGUCUUGUUGAUUUCCGAUUCUAUUGCGAUUUUAGUAGUCCACUACCUUUUAUUUAGGGCUGGCACCUUUUAAAUGAUAGCUUACCUAAUACUUAGGGAUAAUUAUAUCUAUUAAAUAAAGUAGCGUAAAAGUUUUGUUUGCCCCUUAUGGGUUUUAUGUUUUUAAGCUUCAUAUUAGUAUGUUCGGUGUUUUAGAAGUCAAGAUUAAUUUAGGUUAUGUAACACAAGUCGAAGAGUUUUUUUAUUACUUUUAAGGUAUUUAUUACGUCUUUUAAGGUUUUAAGCAUGAUUAUGAGUAUGUGCAGGUUAAGAAGUCAAGAUUAAUUUAGUUUUACGAGACAAAACUCGAAGAGUUAUGUUUUUAUUAUGUUUUUCAGGUUUUAAGCAUGAUGAUUAUUAGUAUGUUCGUAGAUUUAGAGUAAAGAUUAGUUUAGUUUUAUGAAAAACAACUCGAAGAGUUUUAUGUGCAAUUUUUAUAAUAUUUUAUUGACGGUUACAUUUCGUUAACAUUAAAUUUAUUUUUAUGCCGCAACAGCACCAAAAAGUUUUUAUUUUAAGUACGAGAACGUCGACCCUUUCUUAAAAAUCUUGGAUGCAAAUUGCUAAGAUCAUAUUUUAACUAGUCGUUUUUACUAAGCCAAAGCUGUGGGUAUUACGAUCAAGAAUAUGUGUUCAUGAAUAAGCCAAGUUGGCUUCCUGCACCCAUUGCUUUGGGCGGAUUAUUCCAAAUAUAAUUAUCAUAAGUUAGAGCGCACACGAAUGAUUCCGCCAAGUGCUCCGUGUUACGUAGCUCGCCCCCGGGACUAAACAUUUGCUUUCAUGAAUACCUUACCAUAACAGACGUGCUCAGCCCGCACCGUAAAAGCAACAAUGUAAAUUUAAUCUCAAUUCUCAUUGUAAAUAACGCAACUCCAUGUCUUUACGCCACUGGCAGGUUACUUUCUAGUAAAGCAGUUAAUUUUAGAAGAAAUAAAUAUUCGAUAUUAAAAUGUAAAUAGAAUCAUGGAGUUUAAUCAAUUUGCAGUCGCACUGAAUGUUUGGAAAUUGAAUAAUCUCGAUUCUGAUUACGCGCCGUCGCUGACACAAAAAGUUCAUAUUGUGUCAAUUUAACGUCUAAUCACUUUUUAAAUACGUUAGCACCGAGACGCGCCCGAUCAACGAAUAAAUUUGAAUUCAUUAACAAACUGAUUCGGGCCCGCCCGCGCUUACUAUUGAAGGGGAAACAAAUUGAUUUUUUAUAGCAAUUUCAUUUGCCGGUCUUAACCUAUUAUGCGAAGCUAACGAAAUUUGUAAAAAACAAAAAGCUUUUUAUCUGAAAAUUUUGUAGACAAGUAAUCAAAAAUUAAAUGAAAAUGAGCUUACGAAAACCGAAUACAGUUAACCAAAGAAUAAAAGUGAACAAAACAAGCUUCAUAACUGGAUAUUAACGAACACGCUCAUAUAAAAAUAUUUAAUAAUCGCAAGCGAUUCUUCGCUUCGAAUUCUUGUCUGCAUCGUUUAUAGAAAUCCAAUUUAUUAUUUAAACAAAAGUGCGGGGAUGCCGGAGGUUUAAUGCACGCAUUCCUCUGUUAUUAAACACUGAGCGCUUUCCCGACAAAGGACGCAAUGGAGCGUCGAUUGAUAUAAUAAUAAUUAAUAUUGUUUUAUUAUAAGCUACGUAAAUCGUAUCUCGAGAGCGCAAUGCGGCCGCGCCACUGCCCAAAUUGUGAACCAUUCACGCGUGCCUAAUUCUGUAAUGCUAUUAAAUGUUUAGAUACUAAUUAUAUUAGCUAUUGUUCCUCCCUCUGUUUUUGUGUUGAAGUUAUAUUGGUAUAUAGGAAAGGAUAUGGAUUUGAGCUUGUUGUUUUAGGCGUAUGUAAUGUAAUCAAUUUAGUCAACGAAUUUAGAUAUUGUGAUUGUAUUUAAUUUUAAAUUAGGAAAACACGAUUCAUGCACUAAAGAAUUAAGUCGUUGUGAGAGAGUUUGGUACAAGAUUCAGAACAAGUAUUUUUGAGUCGCAAAAAUGCUUGUUCUGCGUGUCGAUCGAAUUUAAUUAAGCAUAGUGCAGUGCCAUUCAGUGCAGUCGAAUGUUUACCUAUAAUUAAUUUUUAAAUAAGUAGUGUAUUCAAAUCUGAACAGAAAGUGUUUUACCCGUAUUUAGAUUUCAUACGAAACAUUUAACGACUUACAAAAUAACUGUCUUACCGAACAAUAAAUACAAUGAAAUAUAUUUAUACAAUUAAAAAAAAGAAUCACAAAGAAAUGCUCAUCGAAUAAAAAAUCAAUAAAGUCCACAAGAAACAUAAUUGAAAACUCAUUACACAUUCACCUUCUCCGUACAUAAUAGCCAUAUAAUGUAACUUAGCAAUCGUGAAAUGUUUGUCUGACUCUAGGUGUAGCGUUUUGGCGUUUAGAGUGAAUUUAAUAUAGUUGCGGUGGGUAUCGUGUGAAGAGCCAUGCAUUAUGAAUAGCGGGUGGUCUCCGGAGUCUGGCCGGGGCAAGCGGUGACUUGAUAGAUUACCCCAUUCACUUAUUAAGUACGCGGCGACCGCAACUGAUAGCUAUCGUUACGAUGCAAAAUGGAUCGCUCAAUUUUUACCAAUUAAUUUGUCGUUUUUUGUGCAUUAAUUUUGAGAUGUCUUCGAUUUUUGUCUUUGUUUUCAAACAUAAUUUUUAAUCACCAUUUUUUAACGACGUACGAUAGCAAUGUCGAUGACGAUGAUUUUGGCACAAUUACAGAAAUAAUUAGUAUUUUUCACAGAUUGUAUUAUCAAACUAUUCUAAGCGCAAAAUAACCUUUGUUCAUGUGAGAGAUUUUAUUUGCGACUUAGUUGUGUAUUGCAACUUCUUAUACAAGAGCAACGAAUUGCAAUUUACGUAAUACGCCAUUGACUUCACUUCUACAGUCAGAUGAAUGCCACAAGACUAAUUGGAGUUUUAGUAUUAAUUGCCGGCGUUUUGUUCGGACGAUUGAUAUUAAUAUCUUUGAACCUUUCCUUCUUAUUUCUACCUUUCUGGAGAGUUCAGGUGAAGCGUACCAUACCUUGCUUAAUUAUAGCAAUUUUUCUUUUUAAUUUUCGAGGUAUUCGUUUUUGGAAGCUUGAAUGAAGCUUUUACAAAUGGUUUUUAUUUUAAUGGUUCAGACUGUGUAAAAUUAUGAUGCUUAUUUUUACAUGAAGUAAUAAUAUCGAAAGAUCAGUUAGUACUGAGGUUUUCUAUAUUUUUAAACGACUUCAAAAAGGUUAUCAAUUCCUGUG